AUGGAUCCCCUCGACCGGGAACUCAUGGAGGCAGAGCGCUCUGCCUCCCCCGAGCGCUAUCAGAGCCGGGCAAGCAACGAAAUAGAGCGCGUCAUCACGGCAUCUUCAGCCUCGUCUGCGUCUUCCGAAGGCAGCGUCUUCCGCAGAAACAUGAGUCGCGUAUCUACGCAGAACGAUCUGGAGCGCCACCCCACCGCCCUGAGUCGCAUUGCAACUCAACGAAGCCAGCACGUUAACACUGUUGGAGGCUCAAUUCGUACAGAGAGUAGAGCUUCUCGAAAGCCAUUGCCGUCAUUUGGCGGCGGCAAGCCAUAUCCUCCCCAGCUGCCGGCCCAGGAAGAGUACGUCGUCGAGUUUGACGGACCCAACGAUCCCCUACACGCCCAGAACUGGCCCCUUCGAAAGAAGCUCUUGACGGCUGCCAUGCUGGCCUACACCACCGUCACGAGCACCUUUACAUCUUCCAUCUUCUCCUCCGCAACGAGCACCGUUGCUCAAAAGUUUGACGUUGGCCUCGAGGUUGGCAUUCUAGGCACAUCGCUAUAUGUGUUGGGUUUCGCCUUUGGUCCCAGUCUCUGGGCUCCCUUAUCCGAACUCAAGGGCCGCCGUCUGCCCAUUGUCCUCUCCAUAUUUGGCUUCUCCCUCUUCACCAUCGCGACCGCCACCGCCAAGGACAUUCAGACCGUCCUCAUCUGUCGCUUCUUUGCCGGUUUCUUCGGCGCCGCCCCCCUGGCUGUCGUUGCUGCCGUCUUCUCCGACAUGUUCGACAACAGGACUCGAGGAACGGCUAUUGCCAUCUUCUCCAUGACUGUCUUUACUGGCCCCAUGCUGGCGCCUUUCAUCGGCGGCUUCAUUGUCGAAUCAUAUCUGGGAUGGCGCUGGACCGAGUAUCUCCCUGCCAUUAUGGGAUUUGUCGCCUUCAUUCUCGACUUGUUCUUCCUCUCCGAGUCGUACCCACCAGUCAUUCUCGUUGGCAAGGCUUCGGAACUGCGACGUCGCACCAAGAACUGGGGCAUCCACGCCAAACAGGAGGAAAUCGAAAUCGACUUUGGCGAGCUCGUCAGCAAGAACUUCACCCGUCCCUUGCGACUCCUCUUUACGGAGCCCAUCAUCCUGCUUCUCUCCAUUUACAUGAGCUUCAUCUAUGGGCUUCUCUACCUUUUCUUUACCGCAUACCCCCUGGUUUUCGUCGGUGUUCACGGCUUCAACUUGGGUCAGUCCGGUCUGACUUUCUUUGGCUUGGUCAUUGGUGAGCUUCUUGCGACCCUCACCAUUAUUCUUCAGGUUCCGUGGUACAACCGCAAGCUAGAGGCCAACCACGGCAUACCCAUUCCCGAGUGGCGACUGCCCAACAUGAUGGUUGGUGGCGUUGCGUUUGCCGGCGGUAUCUUUUGGUUCGGAUGGACUGGAUACAAGGAGAGCAUUCACUGGGCGGCCCCGGCUGUCAGCGGUAUCCUCACCGGCUUUGGUCUCAUGUCGAUUUUCCUCCAGGCCCUCAACUACAUUGUCGAUGCAUACCUCAUGUUCGCCGCCUCAGCCCUUGCUGGCAACACGUUCAUGAGAUCCCUAUUUGGCGCUGCUUUCCCGCUUUUUGGCCGUCAAAUGUUCCUCGGCAUGCAUAUCGAGUGGGCUUCGACACUGCUGGGCUGCGUAGCCCUUGUGCUUGCUCCUAUUCCCUUCGCCUUCUACUUCUAUGGCGCCAAAAUUAGAUCAAAGAGCAAGAUCGCCCCAGUCUUUUCUGCUCCGGCCGAUGACCCCAAGACAGCCGAGUCGAGCGCCGACGAGACCACUGAGAAGGAGGAGGAACACAAUGCAGCAUUGGCCAAUGCCCCGACGAAACAAAGCGAGGCCGGUGGUCCCGCCGAGAACGUGUAA